UGCAGGAGUUUUUCUCUUUAAUAGGAGACUAUCAAAAUGACCUGGGACAAUUCAGAAAAAUGAGCUCUUUAGCAGAUGGAUAAAACAGAAAGCCUGGGCCUGGAUUUCUUGCCCCUCCACAAUGCCCACUGACUUCUUUCCCUGGGAAAUGCAGGACUAGCCCAAGAGGAAAUAUUUUCUGAAUGAAAAAGUCAAUGUGGCUUUUUAAAGUUCUGGGAAGUGAUAAGUGAUGAACAUGGAAUUGAUGUCACUGGGAACUACCAUGGUGAUUCACCACUGCAGCUUGAGAGAAUUAAUGUGUACUUCAACGAAGCUCAUUCCAAGAAGUUUGUGCCCCGUUCGAUCUUGGUGGACCUGGAACCUGGAACCAUGGACAGUGUACGAUCCAGCAAAAUAGGCCCACUCUUUCGGCCUGACAAUUUUAUUCAUGGUAAUUCAGGUGCUGGCAACAACUGGGCUAAAGGCCAUUACACAGAAGGAGCUGAGCUGAUUGACAGUGUAAUGGAUGUGGUCAGGAAUGAGUGUGAGAGCUGUGAUUGUCUGCAGGGGUUUCAGCUCAUCCACUCACUUGGAGGAGGCACAGGAUCCGGUAUGGGCACACUCCUUAUCAACAAAAUCAGAGAAGAAUACCCUGAUAGGAUUAUGAACACUUUCAGCGUAGUGCCUUCACCCAAAGUAUCAGACACAGUUGUAGAGCCAUAUAAUGCCAUACUGUCCAUCCACCAGCUGAUAGAGAACACAGAUGAAACCUUUUGUAUUGACAAUGAAGCUCUAUACGACAUAUGCUUUAGAACCCUAAAGCUCCCCAGCCCCACCUAUGGUGACCUCAACCAUCUCGUGUCCCUGACCAUGAGUGGCGUCACCACCUCAUUCCGUUUUCCUGGUCAACUCAAUGCAGAUCUGAGGAAGCUGGCUGUGAACAUGGUGCCUUUCCCUCGCCUGCACUUCUUUAUGCCUGGCUUUGCUCCACUGACAGCUCGAGGCAGUCAGCAAUACAGAGCCCUCUCGGUCCCAGAGCUUACCCAACAAAUGUUUGAUGCACGGAACAUGAUGGCAGCCUGUGACCCUCGUCACGGACGCUAUUUGACUGUGGCAUGCAUCUUCAGAGGCCAGAUGUCUACCAGAGAAGUGGAUGAACAGUUGCUGGCUAUCCAGACCAAAAAUAGUGCCUACUUCGUGGAGUGGAUCCCUAACAAUGUGAAAGUGGCAGUGUGUGACAUACCACCACGAGGGCUGAAGAUGGCAGCUACCUUUAUAGGCAACAACACAGCCAUCCAAGAGCUCUUCAUUAGAGUUUCUGAACAGUUCUCAGCUAUGUUCAGACGGAAAGCAUUUCUCCACUGGUAUACUGGAGAAGGGAUGGAUGAGAUGGAGUUUUCUGAAGCAGAAGGCAACACCAAUGACUUGGUGUCUGAGUACCAGCAGUAUCAGGAUGCCACAGUAGAGGUGGAUGAAUAUGAAGAGGUAGAAGUGGAAGUUAGCCAAGAACAAGAUAAACUUGAAAAAGAUUUUUAAUAUCAGAACACUAUACAAGAACACUCUAUGAAAAAAAAAAGCAGUAAUACUCACCUAUGUAUCUGAAGGGAGAACUCUUAAAAGUAUCUACUUUUUUCUAUAUUAAACCAAAGCAUAUCCCAUGUAUAUAUGAGUAUGAAGUAUAGUGACACUGAAAUUAACACCCAUGGUGCCUUUUCCUCAUAAACAAUGUCUAGUACAGCAAUCCCCACAAAAAUAACAACCAUGAGAGCAAGCUGUACAGUGUCAGCCAUCUUCACAAUUUACUAGCUUUUAGAAUGGUAUAGUCCGAGUCUGAAUGUAACAGUGUGUUGUGUGUGACAAAAGUCAUGACAAUGAGUGCUCAUGUAAUAUGCUCUAAACUGUCAUAACAUUUAUUUAUUCUCAGGUAAAUACAGAUGCCCAGGCUUUGCAUUUGGGAAUUUGUGAUUUUUAGAAGCAUACAUGUGUAUUUACCUAUCAGGAUAUAACAGUAUGUACCUAUUUUGUUCUGCACUCCAAUCAUCAAGCUGAAUCAGUAUUUGUUAAGGAGUGUAGAAAAGAGUUUUAAGGUACCUUCUAAAACAUUUCUUAACAGACUGAAAGAGUAUUAACCAAUAGCAUCACUUUCUUUUUGUUUUAUAUUAUGGAAGAUGUUUUGUAUUCACAAUGUUUUUAUAUUAAAUAUUUAGAGUGGUUUGUAUUAGCUCAUAGUUUUGUGAACUUUAUCUAGAAGUUUUUGGUGCCCUCCUUCUCCCUUUAUAUAGGGUAUUUAUAACCUUCCCUCUUAUUGUUUCAUACAGUGAACUAAAUAGAAUGGUUUGCAGCUAGUUUGAGAUGUAACCCCAAUGUCACAAUUCAGUUUACAAAAUUUAGGAAAGUUAAAAACAACAAUGCAUCUCACUCAAAGACACAGCCUGGUGGUGAUGUUAUCUAUUCAACACUAUUUAUGAUAUAGCAACUAUUACUGUGGUGUUUUGAUGUUUCCUGAAUAAUUCCCUCAUUUUAAAUGAAUAUGUAACAGUUUACUCAAAUAAUUUCUAAUUACUUUACAAAACUUUUUUGAAUAUAUUUUCCUUGUCUAUCAAAUGUGCUUCAUUAAAGUUAAAUCUCAUACAAAACAAAUGUUUAUGUUCCAAAUUUGAGCUUUUUUAAGUUAUGCAUUAUUUA